GUAAUUAUAUGAAAAGCAAUCUCAAACCAGGCAUUAUCCAUAGUUCCCACUUAUUUAACUUUUCAGCGCAUGUUUCUGUCAUGUCAGGUGUCAAUUUACGUGGUAUGGAACUGUUCAACCAAUCCUCCCCAAGCAGUUUUAUUCUAAGCGGAUUAUCCUCUAUUCCUUACUUAAAAGUUAUUGGCUUUCUUGCAUUUUUGGUGAUGUAUUUAAUAACAUUGUUAGCAAACUUUCUACUGAUCAUUGUAGUUAAGAUUAAUCCAAAGCUCCAAACGCCCAUGUACUUUUUCCUUAGUAAUCUCUCCUUCAUUGACAUUUGCUUCUCCACUACUGUGGUUCCCAAAAUUCUAAUGAACACAUUAAUCCAGGAUAGAAGCAUCUCUCUACCAGGAUGUGCUGUUCAGAUGUACUUUCAUUUGGCUCUCGGGUCUACAGAGUGUUUCAUACUUGCCAUCAUGGCCUAUGAUAGAUUUGCUGCCAUCUGCAGACCACUACACUACAAUACCAUCAUGAACAAGAAGAUGUGUACUGGUCUGGCAGCUGCAUCCUGGACAUCAAGCUUCAUCAAUUCCAUGAUUCAUGUGACCUACACCUUCCAGAUGUCUUUCUGCCAUUCCCACCAUCUCAACCAUUUCUUUUGCGAGUUGCCUCCAUUCUUACAGAUGUCUUGCAAUGAUACUUGGCUCCAUUAUGUAGCAAUGUAUAUUUCAGCAGGGAUCAUAGUUAGUCUAUCCUUUUUCUUGACUUUUAUUUCAUAUAUCCUUAUUGUAUUCACAGUCUUGAAGAUCAGUUCUUCUCAUGGCAGAUAUAAAGCUCUCUCCACAUGUGCCUCCCACAUUAUUGUGGUCACUCUCUACUACGGGACUAUCAUGAUUAUGUAUUUGCGCCCACAUUCCGAUUACUCUCCAAACAUUGACAAGUCUGUGUCUAUUCUCUACUCAGCUGUUACGCCCAUGCUAAACCCCAUCAUUUACAGUAUCAGAAAUAAAGAUAUUAAAGGUUCAAUUAAAAUAAAAUUCAAUAAACCCAUCCCAUGCAGGACAUUUAUGACCUAUCCAGAACAGGUGAUUCAUUUAUGA